AUGGCGAGCAAGGCGGCUUCUAAGCGUUUGUCUCGCGAGUACAAGACGAUAUCCGAAAAUCCGCCUCCAUACAUUACCGCACACCCAUCUGAAUCCAACAUUCUCGAGUACAGUGUCGAUUUUAGGUGGCAUUAUGUUAUUACAGGGCCAGAGGAGACUCCAUACCACGGCGGCCAGUACUGGGGCACUCUAAUAUUCCCGCCCAACUAUCCCUUCGCUCCGCCGGCGAUUCGAAUGCACACGCCGUCUGGCCGAUUCCAGCCUUCGACGCGACUGUGCCUGUCGAUAUCAGAUUUCCACCCCAAGUCAUUCAACCCGGCGUGGGAGGUGUCGACGAUCCUCAUCGGGCUCCUCUCCUUCAUGACGAGCGACGAGAUGACGACCGGGUCGGUGUCGACCACGGCCACCGAGAAGAAGAUCCAUGCGUCCCGAUCGCGGUGGUGGAAUUCAACGGGCGGCGGUUCGCACGCCAAGAACCCGGCCAACAAAGGCAACGUCAAAGCGGGUGACGCGGGCCUCAAGUUUCGGGCGGAAUGGCCGCAGCUCGACGCCGAAAAUUGGGAGUGGAUGAAGAGCCACAAGGUCGAUACCCUGACGGGAAACCGCGCUGGCGGAGAUACUGGCGCUUCGUGUGGCCCGCAGCUAGGAAUCGCUGGGUCGAGCGGUCACCAGGCGCAAGCCGUGGUGGACGCCGUGGUGCAACAAAGGGAUGCCGGCCGUGGCUGGAUAUACCGUAAUAAACUGGUCGUCGCCGGCGCCGCCAUAUUCGUAUACGUUCUCAUUGCGAGAUUGUUGGGCGGCGACGGAGGACUGUUUUAG